UUUUGGGUCAAAGAUAUGGACACACCUGUUGAGUCGCUCCCGCUUGAUGCGACUCACGAGUCUUACGCCCACCUUCGUUCAAAAGCGCUCGACCAUCGCAACAACGCCCCCACCGGUAAUUGCCCGUACGACAUGGAUGUUCUUUAUCAGUUCUGGUCCCAUUUUCUUAUUCGUAAUUUCAACACUCGAAUGUACGACGAAUUCCGCCGUUUUGCCUUUGAGGAUGCUGCACAAAAUCUGUCGGAUGUUGGCUUGAGAAACCUCAUCAAGUUCUAUGGGGAAUCUCUUUCGAGCGAAACUACGAUUCGUACGCGCAUUGCUCGUCACUACGUGGAUCUGGUCAAGCUGGAAAAUGCGGACGCCAGCCGACCUGCCUUGAUACAACUUCGGUCGGCGUGGAGGAAUGGUGCGUUGAACUUGAAGAAUCGGAAGAGGAUCAGCGACUUCAUCGACGACGAGCUUCGGAGCUUGCUUGAGAACUAA